AUGAAGACGCCCGAGGAAAAAAUCCAGUUCAAGAACCACUUCUUCAAGCUCGGGCAGGGCCGGGUGAUCGCACCUAGUGACCGGCCGUUUUGGCGGGUGUUCUGGACCGUGCCCCGCGAUGCCCUGGACAUUUUCGAGCUUCUCACGCCGUACGAUGUGCAAACCGUGCGUGAUCAGAACCUCCCGAACAUGCUUGUUUUCGCCGGGGUGCUUGUGGCCAAGCUCUCCGAGUUUGCCCGGGCCUCGGCGAAGAAACCACACCAGGAAAUACUCAAUUGCGUGCGGCUCCUCACCAAAAUCCUCCCUUUUGUGUUUGAGCUCCCGGUGUACCACCUGGAAAUUGAGCCGCGUGUCUUCUUGGCGCUGGCGUUCAACCCUCUCGAGCUCCUGCCCGCGGGCGCCGGCCCGGGCAUACCCGUGAAAGCGCAAUUUGCCGCGGACGCGGGUGACACGCGCAUUCUUGCAGCGAGGCUUGUGUUCGCCUUGGUGGACUUGCUUUUUGCAGCCAGCUUCACUGUGGACCCUGCGCAAGCCCACGCGCCCGGCUCGGCACUCUGUCUCUGGGAGCCCGGGCUCGGCGUGGCGGCUAACUACCGGCCUCCCGACGCCAUUUACGACUCGCACCGCAGCGACAUCUUGCGGCUCCUCCUUGUGCUUGCAUCGACCACUUUCUACGAGCGCGUGCCCAAUGUCGUACCCCGGGGGCUGGUGUUCAUGACGCUCCUCGUGUGCGCCGUGCCAAAACAGGCCUUCUUCAACCUUGUGUGCAGCCUCACCAACCUCGUCUGCCGGUCCGGCCGGGUGCAUAAGGGCGACUCGGGCCUCGAGCAGGAACACGCCGCUUUUGUGCAGCUGCGCCUCGCGUGUCUGACGUUGGCUCUGCAGCUUCUAGCGCAGAUGCUCGCGUACGCGGUGCCCGGCGCGCAAUAUACGAGCUUUCUUGCCCGGCACAGGCUUCUCGACACGGCAUCGCCCAUCAACAGAGUACGUGCGUUCUUUUCCCGGCUCUCCAAGGAAUCCGACCUCGUGUUUCUUGCGUCCAGCUUGCUUGCGGUCAUCCGCAGCCCCAUGCUCCCGGUCGAGGCCUCCGGCAGACUGAAGACCUACCGCAGCUUGCCGCUACCGAUGUCCCCCAGUGUGAUGGUGAUCCUAUGGGAGCUUAUGCACUGCAAUGGCCAGUUCGGCGGGUUGGUGGCCGGCCGGUUCGCCUCCAAACUCGCGCCGUGCAUCUUGUACCACGUGUUUGCGUUCUACGACGUCCCGCUGCAUGCGCACUCCGUCAAAAUCGCAGCGUACUUUCUUCUCUAUUUGAGCUCGCAGCGGUCCUUCGUCAAGUCGCUCCUCAUGCCCGUGCUGGAGUCCAUGGCGGACCUGCUCCCGCCCGAGUUCCGGCUCGCUGGCCCGAUCACCGCCCGAGAUUUUCUUGUCAUCCACACGUGCCAGGUUCUUAUUGCCAUGACUGCUAACUCCGGCACAAAGUCGCCUGCUGCCUCGGACAUGCAGAGCUUCAUCUUGCCCACCCUUGUGGAGUGUCUAUACAAUGUCAUUCCUCAUACCAACCCGGCCAUCUCGGGCACGGACAGCACGUCCAAGGGCCUAGCGAAUCUCAACCCCAGGGGCGGCAUUUCCUACCAGGCGUGCCGGGCCGUCAACCAGGUGCUCGUGCUUUUCUCCACGCGGCACUUCUUGACCCAGGCGCCCCAGAACGCCGGCUUGCUCGCGUUGCUUCUUCGGGCGUUGUGUGCUGCAGCCACCAAGUCGCCCGCGGCGUCUCGCAUGUUGAUGUUCUCCUUCUUGGAGGAGGAAGCGAUGUACGACAACAUCUGGAGUGCGGUCCACAGUCUCGAGAACCAGUAUUUCUGCGGCAAAACGGCCAGGUUGGUCAAUGUGCAAGAAGACGACUGCUCGGGCGAUGAAUGCUCCGGCAAGCCGCCGAACAUCGAUUCGUCCGAACAGGCGUCCAUAAACUCCGAGUCUUCCGGCGAGAUUUGGGGCGCGGAGUCCAAAGAUCCCAUGGCCCCGCCCGCGGCCCCGGGCCGCCGAGGCGCCAGCGCAGAAUCCAGCAUCGACAAGAUGGAGGCCCUCGAGAUCGCGGAGAGCUUGCGGCCAACUCCGCCCGCGGGCAUGUCGGCCAAGGCCCGGGAGAAACUUCCGCGGGACGCGCCAAUCAAUCUAUCGUGGGGCGGCAACGAGGCGCUCCGCACAAUCCUCAUCUUCUUGAUCCCGAGCCUAAAGGAGCAGCUAGGCGAGAACUGGGGGAGGAGAAGGGAAACGGUGCAGGACUCGUUCCGGGUGGUCAAGAAAAUCGAGUACUUGGACAUGGCGCGGGCCGUCGAAAAGCACCGGCCGGAGCUCCACUACGACUUCCUACCGGACACGCCCGUGGCACGACUCACGGCCACACGCAACUAUCUAUCGCUAGGCUGGUACGUGGCCAUGCACGCACGUGACGUGUUCUGUGGCGUCGAGACCAUCAAGAGCUACAUGGGCGCCAGCAGGUCGCUUGCGAGCAACAUCUCGUCGUCGCUUGCCAUGUUCGGCAAGUUCGCCUCCAGCUGGUCCGGCAUGAGCAAUUCCAAGCCUUUGCCCGACCGGCAAGACGCGGCAGUCACGGACUAUGUGGAGGCCAACUACUGCGCGGUGAACGUGUGGGCCGACACAGCCGUGCGGCUCUUCAAAAGCAAGGCGGACGACGAGAAAGUGAUCCAGGCGUUCGGCAUGAAGUUUGGGUCUGUCGGCCUGGCCACGAGCGUCAAUGAAAUCACGAGCUCGUUGGUGAAAAGGUUCAGCGAUUUCCGAGGCGGCCACCGGGCCAGCGUGUCGUCGGCCGGGUCUGUAUAUUCCGGCGUGGAGGAGAUUCAGGAGGCCGCCCGGCUCACCAAGCGAGACUCGGUGAGCUCGUUGCACUCGUUGAACACCUUGAACAGGGCGCGGUCCCACACGCCCCGCAACUCCAUGAGC